AUGCGAGUGGAAGAGGAUGCGAGUGGAAGAGGAUGCGAGUGGAAGAGGAUGAGAGUGGAAGAGGAUGUGAGCGGAAGUGGAUAUCCAGAGAGCAGUGCCGAAGGCCAGGCCUUCAAUACAAGACUUCUCAUCUGCACGAAAAUGAGGUUCCAGGCGCCGUUCACCGGCCGCCGCCUGCGUCGCCAGUUGUUCUUCGUGUCCGUGGUGAUUGCUGGAGGUCUGUUGCUGAUCUCGACGAACGGUGAUCGCAGCUCCAAGGUCCCCGUCGCCGCCAAGGCGAAGGACCGCGCGCGCGUGCCGGGCGACCCGCCCGCCCUUGUGGUGCACCUGGACCUGAAGGGCUCGCCGCCCACCAUGCCCUUCCUCAAGAGCUUCCUGGAGCUGAUCGCCGAGGAGGGCGCCGACGGAUUGCUGCUCGAGUACGAGGACACCUUCCCCUUCGAAGGGCACCUCGCCAACCUCUCCGCCCCCCACGCCUACACCAAGGAGCAGGUGCUGCAGCUGCUGGAGUGGGCGGCGGAGCUGCGCCUGCAAGUGAUCCCGCUCGUGCAGACCUUCGGCCAUCUGGAGUACGCGCUCAAGCUGCCCGAGUUCAGCCACCUGCGCGAGAGCAAAGAGUCGAUGGCGGCGCUGUGCCCCUUGCACACCGGCACCAUGAAACGCUGGGUGGCUGGAUCGCCGCCUGCCGCCUGCCCCCCUUGGCCGCCCUGCCCAGCCCUGGCCCCAUCGCCCCUGCCCGCCCUGCCCGCCCUGCCCCCCUGUCCGCCCCUGCCGCCCUGCCGCCCCUGCCGCCUGCCGCCCCUGCCGCCCCUGCCCGCCACCUGCCGCCCUGCCCAGCCUCACUGCCGCCCCGCCCCUGCCGUUUCACCUCGCCGACCUCCCCCUUCCCGCCCCGCCCCCGACGCCCGCCCGCCUCGCCCGCCGCCGCGCCCCGCGCCGCUGUCCCCCCCGCUCCGCCCGCCCGCCUCGCUCUCGCCCCCGUCGCCCCGCCUCGCCCGCCCGCCCGCCCGUCUUAAAGAAUGUUUCAAAAUUUAUGUCGUUGUUAGGAGAAUAAUAAAAUUGUUUAAUAUAACAAUGAUCAAUUUAACAAUCUACUUGCUUACAAUGUUUUUACGUCCACCACUUCUUAUAAUACAUUUGAACAAUGAAUAUAAUAUUAUGAAUAAUAUUAUAUUCAUUAUUCCCAUACGAAUUAAUAUAACCCCCAUAACCUCAUAA